UUUUUAUUUCUGGAUUGGUUUUCUCAGUGGCUGAUCUCUCCAUAGUUUUUCAUUUCCGAAUCGUAUGACGUGGGCUUGUUUAGGGUUUUAAAGUUCAUGUUGAGCUUCUCUGUUGGGUGAAAGUCUUGCAAGUGAAGAAUUAAUGGCGGAAGAAGGUUCAGUGAGGCGUAGAGCUGGAUUAAUUGCCACGGAUUCGUCCGAAUCGAGAUGGGUUUUUCAGGAUGAAGACGAUUCGGAUGCUGAAGACCAAGAGGAUUUACAUCCCCAAAUGAGUUUCGAUUCCGAAGAAGAAGAAAAUGCGGAGCAAAGGCUCAUCAGGACGGGUCCCCGGAUUGAUUCCUUCGAUGUUGAGGCCCUCGAGGUCCAUGGCGCUCAGAGAAACGACGACGAUGACUUUACCAUAGGCAGGAAGAUCGUGCUGGCUUUUCAGACACUCGGAGUUGUAUAUGGUGAUGUUGGAACAAGUCCAUUAUAUACCUUCAGUGUUAUGUUCAACAAGUCUCCAAUUCAUGGGGAGGAAGAUGUUCUUGGAGCCUUGUCGCUGGUUUUAUAUACUUUAAUCUUGAUAUCACUGAUCAAGUAUAUUCUUGUUGUUCUUUGGGCCAAUGAUGAUGGUGAAGGUGGUACAUUUGCUUUAUAUUCAUUGAUUUGUAGGCAUGCAAAUGUCAGUCUUCUCCCAAAUCAGCAACCAUCUGAUGCUCGCAUUUCAAGUUUCAGGCUAAAAGUUCCAUCUCCAGAACUUGAGAGGUCACUGAAAAUUAAGGAGAAGCUUGAGUCUUCGCUAACACUGAAAAAACUUCUUCUGAUGUUAGUGCUUCUGGGUACUUCUAUGGUGAUAGCCAAUGGAGUUGUUACUCCAGCAAUGUCAGUGAUGUCAGCUGUGGGUGGUCUAAAGGUUGGAAUACCUGGAAUUAAGCAAGAUCAGGUGGUGAUGAUUUCAGUUGCAUUUCUGAUAAUUUUGUUCAGCGUACAGAAGUUUGGGACAAGCAAAGUAGGACUUGCUGUAGGCCCUGCUUUAUUCAUAUGGUUUUGUUCCCUUGGGGGAAUUGGGGUCUACAACCUAAUAAAAUAUGGUAGAAGUGUGUUUCGGGCUUUUAAUCCCGUGUACAUCUAUUACUUCUUCAAAAGGAACUCAACCCAUGCUUGGUUGUCCCUUGGGGGUUGUCUUCUGUGUGCAACAGGUUCAGAGGCUAUGUUUGCAGAUCUUUGCUACUUUUCAGUCAGAUCAGUUCAGCUCACAUUUGUGUUUCUGGUUCUGCCUUGCCUUCUGUUGGGAUACCUAGGUCAAGCUGCGUACCUCAUGGAGAACUUAACUGUAUCUGAUCAAGUUUUCUUCUAUUCCAUUCCAAGUGGUGCAUUCUGGCCAGUCUUUUUCAUAGCUACUAUUGCUGCAUUGAUUGCUAGUCGAGCAAUGACAACAGCCACAUUUUCAUGCAUAAAACAAUCAACAGCGCUUGGUUGUUUUCCUCGCCUUAAAAUCAUUCACACUUCUCGAAAGUUGAUGGGUCAGAUUUACAUUCCAGUCAUUAAUUGGUUUCUACUGGUAUCCUGCGUGGUGCUUGUCUGCAGCUUUUCAAGCAUAAAUGAGAUCGGAAAUGCAUAUGGCAUUACGGAGCUUGGGGUGAUGAUGACCACAACAAUCUUGUUACCCAUUGUUAUGCUUCUUAUAUGGCAGAUAAAUAUCAUCAUUGUGCUGAGUUUUCUGGUUUUCUUCCUCGGGUUGGAACUGACUUUCUACUCUUCAGUUUUAUGGAGUGUGGGAGAUGGAAGUUGGGUCAUAUUGGUUUUUGGGGCAAUUUUGUUUUUGAUAAUGUACAUCUGGAAUUAUGGGAGCAAGCUCAAGUAUGAAACUGAAGUCAAACAAAAGAUGUCAAUGGAUCUGUUGCGGGAGCUUGGUUGCAACCUUGGGACAAUUAGAGCUCCUGGUAUUGGCUUGCUUUAUAAUGAGCUAGUUCAGGGUACACCAGCAAUAUUUGGCCAUUUCUUGACCACUCUUCCUGCAAUCCACUCUAUGAUCAUUUUCGUGUGCAUAAAGUAUGUUCCAGUUCCUGUAGUGCCUCAAAGUGAAAGAUUUCUGUUCCGGCGGGUCUGCCCAAAGAGCUAUCACAUAUUCCGCUGCAUUGCUAGGUACGGUUACAAGGAUGUGCGUAAAGAGAAUCAUCAGACUUUUGAGCAGUUGCUAAUUGAGAGCCUCGGGAAGUUCAUCCGUCGUGAAGCUCAGGAGAGGUCAUUGGAGACUGAUGGGGAUGAUGACAUGGAGUCUGAAGAUGAGGCAUCUAGUUCAAGGGUUCUAGUUGCUCCCAAUGGUAGUGUUUACUCACUUAAUGUUCCACUUUUGGCUGAUUUCAACUGCUCAGACAGGACCUUCUCAGAAGUAGGCACCUCAACUGAGGUGAGGCCGGUCCAUGUCUCAGACCUAUCAGUAUCUGAUACAGAGCAGAGUCUUGAAUGGGAGCUCUCCUUCAUACGGAAGGCCAAAGAAUCUGGGGUUGUUUAUCUUCUUGGACAUGGAGAUAUUAGAGCAAGGAAAGACUCAUGGUUUAUCAAGAAACUGGUCAUAAACUACUUCUAUGCAUUUUUGAGAAAGAACUGUAGAAGGGGGAUUGCAAAUUUGAGUGUGCCUCACACAAAUCUGAUGCAGGUCAGCAUGACCUACAUGGUCUGAUGUCUAAGGUUGAAUUUAGGGGGCCAAUGCAAGAUUUCAACUAUUUUUGGACAUAAAAGGUUGAUUGUGGUGGUGAGUUCAAAAGGGCCAUGGAUCAAAAUGAAUUUGUUUGGUUCAGUGCUGAAGCACUCAACAUUAACAGAGUCCAGGUCAGAUGUGGUGCCAUAGAAUGAUCUUUUACUGCUAUUCUUGUCCACUUGAAUGCAACAUGGGUUUGGAUAUGCCAACCACUGAAGUUUCCUCACUCUAUUAAUUGGAAUUUGUAGUUUUUCAUUUAGGGUUUACUGUAAGAAGAGAAAUAUAGGUAGACCUUGUAAUUACUAUUUUUAAGGUGAUGUGAAUUAGCCACCCGCACCCCCCCAUCCCAAACCCUAAAUGUAGCUCUUCUUGUAGUAAAAUAAAUUCCUUUGUAUCCAAGCAUAAGUUGUUACAAGCGAGCUGA